AUGAACAAUGCUGCCACGAUAGCAUGGCGGACUCCAUGCCGAUGGAUUCAUGCUUAUUCCCGACCUGCCUCGACCAGAUCCUCCCUUCUGGACCAGCUACGCCUCAUAUACCCCUCGUCAAUAAAGCCGCGAAGCGCAAUACGAUGUUUAUCCAGCACUACUCCAACCUCACGCAACGCCAGCCAGCGGGCUCCCAGCUCUCAAACUCGUGGAAACACAGCUGCUUUCCCUGAAAGAGACCUGCCAGCACCACAGAUUGCCCAGAUAUUUGGCACUGCUACCCUACCCGCGAGACUGGGUAACCAGAUCCUCCGAGCGUUACAGGACCAGCGAGUAUCAGGCACACUUGAUCUGCCGCUACCAGACGAGAUCACCCGUGCUGCCCCCCCGCACAUCAUCGAUGCUGGCCUAGCGUGGCUGCGGAGCAAGCACCCCAUGGACGAAGACGCAGCUAUCUUGGCGAGGAUCGAACGAGAGGAGCAGGAGGAGGAAGAGCAGCUGAUACGCCGGGCAGAGGAACUGGGACUGUAUAAACCGCAGAGUGGGAAGUUUGGAUCUAGCACCACCAAAGAAGGAGAUGUGUAUGGGAGCAGUGUCCUUGACGAAGUCCGGAAGAAGAAUAUAAAGGAAAGCAAGCGGACGGAAGAAAAGCAAAGACAAGACUGGCUCGAUGGUGAAGCAAAACGGAUAGAACAGCUUCAGGCUCAGGCUGAGAAACUCAAGGGUAUACAGAAGUAUGAGCCGCAGGAGCUUACAGAGGCACGCCCACGAGCAGAUCCCGAACAACGGCCUGCACUGGCUUGGAUCCAACAGCAGCAUGUCAAAGCAACUUCAACAACCGAUGCCUCAAAACUUACAACUGCCGGCCGUCUCUUACCGUCCCUUGCAGUCGUUGCUCUAACCCUUGGGCUCUGCUACGUCUUCUCUGAAUCAUACGAAGCUCCACUCCAUAACCAGCGAAUGUGGCCCGAUAUGCAGCCUGCAGCAGCUACGUUAACAGCCAUAGUAGGCCUAAACGCAGGCGUAUUCCUACUCUGGAAAUUCCCUCCAGCCUGGAGAUUGCUAAACAAGUAUUUUAUCAAUGUUCCCUACUACCCGCACGCUGCCAGUGUGGUUGGAAGUGUCUUCAGUCAUCAGCAACUUCGUCACCUUGGGUCAAAUAUGUUUAUUCUAUGGUUCGUCGGGAAGAAAUCCGUUUAUUUAUCCGCCGGUGCCUUUGCGACAUUCUCUUCUUUUGCCAUCAGAGUAUUGUCAAAUACGCUGACCGUCUCAUCAUUGGGAGCAAGUGGUGCCAUAUCCGGCGUCGUUGCAAUGUGGUGUAUUCUUCACUCAAAUGAGAGACUCACGAUUGCAUUCAUUCCGCGUGAAUGGCAGGAGAAGAUAUCUGCUUCAGGAUCGACAUUCCUGUGUGCUAUCAUACUUGGAGAGCUACUGAAUUUCAUACCGGCCUUCCGCUUCUUUGCGGUGGACUUGUGGUCUCACCUAGCAGGAUAUGGUGCUGGCAUAGUUCUUGGGUUAUUGUGGAAGGAGAAGAAAGAACGUGAGCGAAGGAGAAAUCCUCCGAGUUGGCUGAAGUCGUUUGGACUCUGA